GGUUGUACCAACGCGGUAGAGAGAAUCUAGGGAGAAGAUCUCAGCAUGAAGGCACACACAUAAAUAACACUACAUCCAUGCCACUGUGCCACCACAGUUUUUUCUCUCAUGCACCUACUAAUAGCAAAAAAAAAAGCUAAGAGGGAUAAUUACAUUCCACCUCUCCUUCCCAUUCUCACUCUCUCUCUCUCUUUCUAUUUCUCUCUCCGUGCGUGACCUUGAAUUACUGAUAUUUUAUAUUUUAACCAGCUAUAUAUAUUACAAGAAAACAUAGAUAGUGUGUGUUCAUCAGCUUAUUCUCAAACCUGAUAUGGAGUUUGUGGAUACCAGAAAACUACAAUUACAACAUCAACAACAACUGCAACAACAGCCGCAACAUUUUCAUGUGUUGGCAGUGGACGACAGUGUCAUAGAUAGGAAGCUAUUGGAGAGGCUCCUUAGAGGUUCUUCAUGCAAAGUUACCUGUGUGGACUCUGGAGACAAGGCUUUGAAAUAUCUUGGGCUAAUAGAUGAGCUUGAUGAUACUUCUUCAACCUCUUUAGAAUCAGAAUCUUCUCAUCCUCCACCUCAACCAUUACAACGAGAGGGAAUCAAAGUGAAUUUGAUCAUGACAGACUAUUGCAUGCCUGGGAUGAGUGGCUAUGAUUUACUCAAACGAGUCAAGGGAUCUUCUUGGAAAGAUGUUCCAGUCGUGAUUAUGUCAUCAGAAAAUGUACCUUCCAGAAUCAGCAUGUGCUUAGAAGAAGGGGCAGAAGAGUUUCUAUUGAAGCCUCUUCAGUUAUCGGAUUUGGAUAAGCUUCAGCCGUACUUUCUGAAAUCCGUUGAUAAUUCCUGUGAAAAAGAAUCUGCUAACAGUUCCAUAGAUUCAGACAAUGACAAUGUCAUCAACAACAACAGCAAUAACAGUAACAGUAACAAUAACAACAAUAAUAGCAUCAGCAAAAGGAAGGCCAUGUCUCCUGAGCCUCAUCGGGAGGAGAGAUCAAGACCCAAAAUGAAAGAGUUAGCGGUGGUGUAAAAAAAAACAACACUAUAGAGAGAGGUUGAUGGAUGCAUGCAUAGGUAUUAUAUAUUAUAGUUUAUGACUAUGAUCCUAAUUAUGGAUAUCUCCUCUACUCUAAGAGCUUAAUUAAUGAAUUCCCAGUGCGUACUAAUGUUGUUCACAGUUACCAUUUACCUUCUUCCUUUCCACAUGUUGCAUGCCACUUGCCAACUUAAAUCACAGAUUCACAGUAGUGUGAGACGAUUUUGACAAAUCAGAAGGAACAUUUUUUUUUUUU